AUGAGUUACAUCUCAAAUCUUGAAUCAUUACCAGAUGAACUUCUACUCGAAGUAUGUAAAUAUCUUUUAUGUGUUGAUGUUUUACUCAGUUUCGAUAAUCUCAAUAUUCGUAUGACAUAUAUGAUAAGUGAUUAUCGUCGUCAUGUAUCAUUACAUAAAGCAUCCUAUGCUCAAUCCUAUAAAUUAUUUACGAAAAUUCUUCCUAAAAUUGGUACACAAAUUCAUACAUUAAUUAUCGAUAAUUGUUAUUCAGCUUUACAAGCAAUAUCAUUUCCAAAAUAUUUUCAAAAUCGUAUGUCAAUAUGUUUUCCUGAAUUAAAAAAAAUCAUUCUUGUCUCAUUUCGUCCUGAUCCAUUAUUAAUAUUUCUUAAAAUCUUAGAUAAUUUAGAAAAUUUACAUACAAUUGAUAUGCGUAGUUUAUUUCGUGUACCAAUAAAACAACAAACAGAAGUUUUAUUAGCAUUAUUACAAGCAAAUAAUCAUCGUUUAACAUCGAUAUUUAUUGAUGAUCAAUCAAGUCAUUUAAAUCCAAUAAAAAAACAUCUAGCAAACCAAAUAACAUGUCCAAAUAUAAUAAAUUUAAAAAUUGAAAUUUUAACUAUAUAUGAUUUAUCGGUAUUAUUUACAAUUAUACCAAAUAUACGUUCAUUAUCUGUAUCAAUACAUCGAAAAGAUAAUUGCGAUAAUAUGAGUCGAAUAUUUAAAUCAGAAAUCUUACAAUUUCUAACACAUUUUCAAUUAAAAUCUAUUGAACGUUCAUGGUAUUUAAAUGAAUUAAGACUUUUGCUAGAAAAAUUACCUUCAAUUAAAUAUUUAUCAUUAAAUUUACGUACAUCGGAUUUAACAUUAACAAAUGGUGAACUUUUACAAAAAUAUUUAUUUUAUAAAAUUGAAGAAUUUCAUUAUGCUAUACAUUAUUUACCUGAUCAACAAUCAAUAAAUUAUAUUGAAAUAUUAAAUACAUGGAAAAAUAUACGUCCAAUCAUAUGUUUAAAUAAUUCUAUACAAAAUGAUUACAUGUUUUUACAUACAUUACCAUAUUCAUCAUUUGAUUAUUUAGAAAUUUCAUCAUCGGUUGCUCAAUCAAUAUUAAAAAAUCAAAAUGCAUAUAAAAAUGUUCAACGAUUACAUGUCGAUUGUGAUUUUACAUUAGCUGAAGCAUUUCCAAUUCUUAGUUAUUGUCAAAGAAUUAAACAUAGUAUGAUUUGGUUACAUGAAGUCGAUGUAAAUAAUCCAAAUAAUUAUAAUUCAGUUCAAGAUCAUACUCAAGAAAAUAAAAAUGAUAUUUUACCUAAAAUGCCACGUCUUCGUCGAUUAACAUUAGUUGGUUUUCCACCGAAAGAUCUCUAUCAUAUGUCAACUAUACUUGAUGCUGCUCCAAAUUUAUUUCGUUUAGAUUUAAAUUAUAAUACAUUAUUACUUUUACUUAAUAAUGAAAGUAUUUGUUUACUCCUGCAACAACGUAUAACUGCUUUAACAAUUAAUAAUAUGCCAUCAUGUCCAUCGAAUGCAAAAGAAAAUAUUACACGAAUUGCUAUGACAUUUUUACAUCUACGACAUUUAUAUAUUGAUAUGAGAUCUUUAGACACGACAAUAGAUUUAAUGGUUUUAUGUUAUUUUGAUGAAUUUCUGAAACAAAAUGCACCAUUAAUAUCAUUUUGUGCUGAUGGUAAACCUUCAAAUGAAAUGAAAGAUAAUGCUGAAAAAUGGUUAAUAUAUCAUCGUAAUUAUUUCGAAGGAAAACAAUUUGCUGCUUAUUUCAAUGAGAAAGGAAGUCGAUUACUUAUUUGGAUGUAA